AUGCAGAAGCACCAGAAUGUGCUCUCGCUGACAGCUUCGGCAACGGGCACUCCAGGAGGUUGCCAUCUACACUGGGAGCCCCAGUGCCAGCAGCCAGUGCCUAAUGGUAUGCCCAUCACUACGGACCUGUCCCCACACCUCAGUGGGCCCUGGAUCUCCACUGGCUGUGAGGUAUGGCCAGAGCCAGAAUUCCUCACCCGCUCCUACACCUUCUACUCCAACCGCCUCUUCCGAGCCUACCAGUUCAACUACAGGGACCCCUCCUGCCAAGAGCCUCCCCACUCGCCCAUCAAGGGCAAAGUUCGUCUGCGCCAGGCCUCCUGGGUCACCUGGGGUGCCACCGAGGCUGACCACCAUCUGCACAAGGUGGGCAUAGUCUUCCACAGCCACAACGCCCUGUUUGACAUUGCCAGGCGCCUCAACCAGACCCAGGCUGGCCAGGACUGUAUAGGACGGCUGCCUCCAGACCGGACCUGGCUGCCAGGGAUGCUGUAUGAGCUGCUGAGCUCCCGGGUCCCAGGUGACUGCAUGGUGGCACUGGGCUUUAGCAUGCAGGAGCUCAGUCUGCUGUGCUUGCAGCGUCACAUGUAAGAGCAGCCUGGGGUGGCACCCCAUUGAGUGGAAGAGUUGUUCCUUGGGGAUGUCCACACCAACUGGACAGAGAGGCAGCACUACCAUGCCACUGGCUACCAGUGGCCCCUGCAAAGUGUUCUGCAACACGCUCGGCCCUGCCUGGCCUGCACUCUCAUUGCCUGUUCUGAUGAACACCACCCCCCUGUGCUGCCUGCCCAGACAGCCCUGCCACUGCGCCUUGGUGGCCGCUGGGUCAGCAUGGGCUGUGAGGCGAGACCUGCCGUGCUGUUCCUCAUGCGGCUCUUCACCUUCGAUGAGCACAAACGCACCUGGGAAGGGCGCUACCGUCGUUUCUCUGACCCUGCCUGCUGCCAGCCCACCUUCACUGUGUUUGCAGCCGGCCACUACUCCAGAGGCACCCCAUCUCCCAGGGUCCACGGCAGCACUGAGCUGAUGUUCGAGGUUACACAGGCCCACGUGACCCCCAUAGACCAGGUUACUGCAGCCAUACUCAACUUUUCCAAGCCAAGCAGCUGUGGAGGCCCAGGGAUCUGGUCAGUAGGCACUGAGAGGGAUGUCACAGGCACUAACGGGUGCCUACCCUUGGGCAUCAGGCUCCCACAUGUAGAGUAUGAGCUGUUCAAAAUGGAACAAGACCCUCACGGGCAGAGCCUGCUCUUCACCGGACAGAGGCCCACAGAUGGGUCUAGUCCCAAAAAGCUUGAGAAACGCCCUACCGCCUUCCAGUCACCCCUUGUACUGAGACAGGCCCAAGGGACCCCCAGGCCCUCAGAGCACAGGCCUCCAAUGCAGAAACUCUCCACUGGGCAGGCACCUUAUCUUCCUGUCAUCCCAUUCCCCUUACUACUCCUGGUUCAAGGACUGGCCCUCUUUGAAUGGCUAUGACAUCAGUGUUUGCCUUCUGGGUGGCCCCUUGUACAGUGUGGCCCUGCAGAUGCCCACCUGGCUCUGCGCUGUCAGAGCACUAUGGGGGGAAGACAGCCCUUCCCUACUGCCAUGUCUUGAAUGAACAUACGGCCCUGCCACCUCUGGUUCCUACACAGCUCAACAGCACUGCAAAGCCAGGGGCACAGACCCCAGGCUUGAAUGUGGCUGCCAAUUCUGUCAUGUUUCUAAAACCCUACUGCCAGUUUUAAUCAUGUGGCUGCUGUUAGUCUACUUGCUCUUCCUUGCCUGGGGUACUGAGACAGAGAAGGCAUCUUGUGAUGGUGCCCAAGGACGCUUCUUUCCGCUUAGCCAGGUUCUGGGUUGUGGUGUGGAGAUCAUUAAUUUGAAUUUAGCAAUACAAACUCAGCCAGGGCAUGAAUUAAAGAUGCCACUUGGGGCGUUCAGUACCUCUCAGCUCUCUGGCAGAGGGCUUGUCUCUCUGGGGCCAGUAGGCUUCCUUGACUUCUGCCUGUUGGCAUCUUUGGGCAUCUGCCUGUUCUUCUGUAAGUCAGACCUCAAGCUGGCAACACAGCACACAGAUAAAUCCAGUCCUCUAGGGCCACAGAGCACAAAAAGAGGGUUCUGUCUGAGCUGAGACCUUGGCCUUUCCCCGCAGGCUGUGGCCUCCAAGUCUCUCGUGCCCACGUGUAGAGCCCACAAGCUUAGGGCUAGCCAAGAGGGGCACAGUCCACAGAGGAAAGUGCAUUGCUGCCUUUGGAAGCUAAUUAAUACUAAUGACAGCUGCAGCACAAUGCGCUCUGCAGUUAGCCCCAUCUUCUUCCAGGAUCCGCUGCUGUCAACAGAAGGGGAGGAACACAGCAAGCAUCUUUGGGACCGCCCCAGGGGGAGGUCAGGACCACCAGGCUGCAUAGCAACAUCUGGAGGCAGGACCCAGGAAGCCUGGCCUCCCCAAGUCCCCACACUGCGACGCUAAUAUGUUGAGUUCUCAUCUGCUCAGGGGGGCUGUCAUCACGGUGGGGACCCUGCUCAUAGGCCUCGGGCCUCAACUGCACACUGUGAGAUUAACUGGUGUCCUGGUGGGCUCAAGGGUUUUCAGGACUGUAAGCCACUUGUUCCCACCUCCUUUUUCCUCCUCCCACCCGUGUCUCUUAUCACAGAUCUUGAACAAUUCUAUAUGAGGCUAAUGAUGCACGCAGAGGAAAGCCCUUGUCCUCCCUGAGACUGUGUGGGGUUCAAUCAGUCCAAGGGGAUUGCUCUAACUUAUUAUCCAUUCUUCUCAAAAAAAAAAGAAAAGAAAAAAAGGCACCAAGUUAAUAUUCUCUGUGGGUCACAGACAGCUACGAGUGUUCCUGGCAUAUUUACCAAAGUACAAGAAAUAAUUAGAUUAUUUACAGGCUUGGACUGCAUGGCAGUGGGGAGGGAGGUUAACACCAUGGGCAUGACAGUAGGUGUUGAGAACACAGCCAUGGCUGAGCAAGCCUAUAUCUGAGGCUUGAAGCAACCAUGCCAACGUUCAUCAUCAAAUUUAAAUCUUUUAAUAAAGUUA